AUGUGCGCUCGCGGCUGUCAGUCACUCCUAUCGGCCUGACGCACUGAUAACAGACCUGACAAAUUUAGCUUAAAUAUAAUGUUUACCAGCAUAUUAUUGUGACCAGCGGACUCCGAGACGUUUAAAGAAAAGGGUGUGCAGUCAUGCUGUCCAGACUGAGCACGAGUGUGAGGCCGUGUGUGAGCAUGUGCAGAUGGGUUCACACUAAAGAGAAGGGAAAACCGCUAAUGCUCAACCCACGCACUAACAAGGGCAUGGCGUUCACUCUAAAGGAACGGCAGAUGUUGGGCAUUCAUGGUCUUUUACCAUCAAAGAUCGAGACCCAGGACACCCAAGCCAUGCGCUUCCAGAAGAAUCUGAAAAAGAUGUCAGAUCCACUGCAGAAGUAUAUCUACCUGAUGGGGAUUCAAGAGAGGAACGAGCGCCUCUUCUACCGCGUGCUCAUGGAGGACAUUGAAGCCCUCAUGCCCAUCGUCUAUACGCCGACUGUGGGUCUCGCUUGCACACAGUAUGGACACAUUUUCAGGAGACCCAAAGGUCUCUUUAUCUCCAUUAAGGACCAAGGACAUAUUCGUUCCAUAUUGGAUAAUUGGCCAGAUACCACUGUCAAGGCUGUGGUGGUGACGGACGGCGAGCGUAUCCUGGGUUUGGGGGAUCUGGGAGUGUACGGGAUGGGUAUUCCUGUAGGAAAGCUGUGUCUUUAUACGGCCUGUGCUGGAAUCCGGCCUGAGAGUUGCCUGCCAGUCUGCAUUGAUGUGGGCACGGAUAAUGAGAAAUUACUGAGGGAUCCAUUCUACAUGGGUCUGUACCAGCGGCGGGACCGUUCACAGCGAUACGACGAUCUUAUAGAUGAGUUCAUGGAGGCGGUGGUGGACAAGUACGGACAGGACACGCUCAUCCAAUUUGAGGACUUUGGGAAUCACAAUGCUUUCCGAUUCCUGAAGAAGUACCGUGAGAAGUACUGCACCUUCAAUGACGACAUCCAGGGCACUGCAUCAGUCGCUCUGGCAGGUUUACUGGCAGCUCAGCGUGCUGUGGGAAAGCCAUUAACUGAACAUAAAGUUCUGUUUCUGGGUGCUGGAGAGGCCGCACUGGGAAUUGCCAACCUGAUCGUCAUGGCGAUGAUGGAGUUAGGAAUGUCUCAAGCAGAUGCCAGGAAAAGGAUCUGGAUGUUUGACAAAUACGGGCUCUUAGUAAAGGACAGAGCUUACGAGACAGACAGUAAUCAAGAGGCUUUUGUUCAUCCUGAUCCAGGCGAUGUGAAAAGCUUCUUAGACGCUGUCAAUGUUAUUAAACCCACAGCGAUCAUCGGUGUGUCAGGGGCCGGUCGGCUCUUCACUCAUGAUGUCAUCAAAGCAAUGGGAAGCUUGAAUGAGCGUCCAAUUAUUUUCGCCUUAAGCAACCCGACAGCCAAAGCUGAGUGCACAGCUGAAGACGCGUACAGCCUCACACAGGGGCGGUGCUUGUUUGCAAGCGGCAGUCCGUUUGCUCCAGUGUCACUAGAAGAUGGCAGAAUACUGACCCCUGGACAGGGCAACAAUGCUUAUAUAUUCCCCGGUGUAGCGCUGGCUGUUAUUCUCAGUGGAGUCCGACACAUCAGUGAUACGGUCUUCCUUGAGGCCGCAAAGACACUGGCGGAUCAGCUGACGGAUGAAGAGCUGAGUCAGGGCCGACUCUAUCCACCACUGUCUAACAUCAGAGAGGUGUCACUGCAGAUGGCCAUCAAGGUGGUGGAGUAUGUGUAUUCAAAGGGAAUGGCAUUUCGAUACCCGGAGCCUGUGGAUAAAGAGUCGUACGUCAGAUCAGUGGUCUGGAACACAAACUACGACUCUUUCGUACCCGACAUGUACGACUGGCCCGGGGUCUCACACACUCCCAUAGUAGAUUAAAACAAACAAACAAACAGCAGAGCCAGAGAAAAACCGAACAAACAACACACGGUCUGCAGGCAGGUUCAUUCUUCUGUUUUCGACACUCCAUUUAACAGUGUUUCUCAACCACAUUCUUGGAGGACCACCAGCACUGCAUGUUUGUGACGUCUCCUUUGUCACAUCCAUUACAGGACUUUCAGUCUCUGCUAAUGAGCUGAUGAUCUGAAUCAAGUGUGUUUGAUGAAGGAGAAAUGUGCAGAGCUGGUGGUCCUCCAGGAACGUGGUUGAGAAACACUGAUUUAGAGCAUUUCUAUUUCGUACCCCUUGCUUACAUUUUUUGGAUUUACUUUACAAACGGCCAGGUCACAUUUCACUCCAGAUUCAAUAUGAAAGACAUUCUUUUGUGCAUAAAGAAAAUAAAGCCUAUUUUAGGAUGCGAUUCAUAGUGAUAUUAUUUCUUUAUUUAAAUUAAGCAUCAUUUUUAACCAUAAUACUCAUUCGUUUAAUACUAAACCGGUGAUAUUUAAUGCGGUUAGUAUUGGCAUAGACUGCAAUGGAAAGAAUUAGAUCAAUUAAAAAUUCUCCCUUUUUUGGGGAUUUGUUUUAUAUUAUUUUUAUUUUUAUUUAUUCAUGUAUUUAUUUCUGUAAGUGUCUGAUUACAUUUCUUCUAAAUUUCAAAUACAAAUGUUUUCAUUUACAGCAACUUUCAUUUGUUUUCAGUACAUGACAUUUGGUCAGAAUAACUUCUUUUAUAUUAUAUCAUAUAUUUUUACUAUUCGAAAAGUAAAUAUGCUCUAAAUGGCAACAUUUGUAUUUUAAAUUUGUAAAAAAAAAUGUGAUCAAUACUUUACAGAAUAAAUCAAAAUAAUGAUUUAAUCAAACACUUGAGUAUAAAUCAUAAAUCUAGAGAAACUGAGCAUUUUCAAGUGGAGUCUUAUUAUUAUUAUUAUU